AGAGAUAGACAAGAGAGAGGAGGGAGAGAUAGCAGGGGAGGAAUGAAGAAAAGGAGACAGCUUUAAGAACCCGUUUCUGCGGCCUUUUAGCGCUGAGUGGACUGGGAUGAGGGGCCUGGUGAGCCUGGGCUUGACUUUCUGUUAGCUGAGGGUAAGACGGUCAUGUAAACAAUCGAAAAAGAGAGGAAAAGCAAAAAAGAAAAGAAAAACUUCACCUUUGCUGCUACCACAGUCAGUCGGCGUCCAUGUCACAGUGCCUGAUGGCUGUUACUCAGGCCGUGCUCCCGUCCUUCAGCUCCUUCUCCAACCUCGCUCACUCCAGUGACAAUAUGAAAAUGUGGAAGUCUGACACUGGCUCUCUCCCCCUGGACUCUCUCAGUAACAAACUGUCUCCAAGCAGCUCUGAGCAGAUGCACGUCUCCCAGCAAAUGACAGAGGAGCUCCUGGACGAUGACAGCCAGGCAUCCUGGGACAUUGAGUUCCUGCUGUCUGACUGGAGCAGCCCGUCGCCGGACCUCAACCCCUCACUGGACAACAAUGAGCAGCGGCUCCCACAGUUAGACCCAAAUAGAGCGUACCAAGAGGUGGCCAUGUUUAAGGACCAACCAGGACAGGAGCACCUGCAGAUGAACAGUGGCAGCCUCAUGGCGGACCUCCUGUCCCCUGCUGAAACCACAGCAUCGGUCCAGCCAGAGUUGUACCACCAUGGUUAUAUAGAUGACCAAGCAGGUGUGACUUCAUUCCCCGGUCUACCGAAUGUAGAUCAGUUUGGCUUCCCCCAGGGAGGCAGCGUGGAGAGGCACAGCAGAGGAAACCUCAGUAAAGUCUCAUCAUGUGACUUUAACCCUUACUAUCCCCUGCAACACCCCUCCAUGGUGACCUUCCCUGACAGCAGGUUCAUACCACCUCAAGUGGUGACCCCUGACCCUCGACACUACAGCUACAUGCCACACUUUAACCACAACGCCAGCCUUUUCUGUGACUACGCCCACAGCCAGGCCACUGGUCAUCUGGCCCUUCACCAGCAGCCCCUGCUGGUCGGGCCACAGCUGCCCCCUGGUGGGGUGGAGGGGAAGCGUGGCCGAAGGCCUACGGGGAAAAAGAGGCCCGCCAUGCACAGCUGUGAAUACCCUGGCUGCAGCAAGACCUACACCAAGAGCUCACACCUCAAAGCUCACCUGCGCACCCACACAGGGGAGAAGCCUUAUCACUGUUCAUGGGAGGGCUGCAGCUGGAAAUUUGCCCGUUCAGACGAGCUGACACGUCACUACCGCAAGCACACGGGCCAAAAACCCUACGAGUGCCUGCUGUGUCAGAGGGCCUUCUCCCGCUCCGACCACCUGGCUCUGCACAUGAAGAGACACACCUGAUGCUCCCACUCAUGAACACACACACACACACACACACACACACACACACACACACACACACACACACACAUGCACACCACUGCCACUUAACAAAGAAAUGAAAAGGUAGAAGACUUACGAUGAUUUGAACUGAGUCUCAUUCUGACCCAAAUCAGCACACUGGACAAAUGAAUUUGGGACCAUGUGACCUCAGAUAUUAACUUAAAUGUUCCCAGUGUUAAGGUCAGUACUUGAUUGUCUGCCUGGUCAACAAUACAGGCCCACAUGAAACACAACUGGUGCUAGGAAGGCAAAGCACUGCAUAGGGGGAGCAGUUUGAUUUGCUUGUCUGUUUUUGAUUACCUUCAAAAGACAAGUGAAAAAAAUUUAAUUCAGGAGCCUUCAACACAGGAAAUUAUCCUUCUUUUUUAAAUAAAUUAUUGUCAUCCACUGCUUAAAUCUCUACUGAUUUGACUCCUAUGACAUGGUUGGACUUAAAAUGAACAGUCAUGGAGCCUACAUUACCCACAAUCCAACUGCAUUUGGCUGUGAACAGUUCUGCUGGACAUUGUGGUGUGUCUUGGAGCGGUAUACAGAGAUCUGCUAAGCUCACUUCUUUCUAAGCCCCUUUUAUUGUUGAACUUCUAGUCUUCAGUUGUCUCCACUUGUACAACUGACACAGACUCAAGUGACAUCACUUGAGGCAAUUUGUCAGACUUCACACAGCUCCUUCUGGAGCCACAAAAGGCCUCUAACAGCUUCCUCUUGACAGAUGCAGCAGUACUCCACAAAGUCAGUAAACACAGUCGCCUGUUAGUUUCCCUGUAACGUGACAGUCGAUGUUCCACUUUAGAUUUCUUGAACUAAUGACUUGGAAAUCAUUCAGUCGUAACCUUGGUGACUCAGACUCCCACAGUGAGGUGUUGGCACCUGACUAAGAGUGAGUGGGCGACUCUCUCUGAGUGCUUUGUGAGGACCAGCACAACUCAUAGUGUAAAGUUAGUGCGCUUUCAGCAGUAAGGGCCACUUAGACAAACACUGUACGCACUGUGGGCAUGUCGACAGCAAACAUUAACACUAACAAAAGACCUACCAGUAAAGUGUGUAAUGUGGGUUAUAACACAAUGCACAGCAGUAUAUCCUGUAGGAUCUCAUGGCACAAAGCUGAACAAAGUCAUGACUGCUUGGUGACAAAGCUUAGUUCUAUUAGUGCUGAGACGAUCCGAUAUCUUUGCCUGAUUUCUGUUAAUAGUAAUAUUGAUUGUAAUGCAAACAAGCCAAAAGGUAUAUUAUGUGAUUAUGCAGUAAAUACAGAGUUAUGUAUAUUUGUCACCAAACUUUGUUUGUCUGUUUGGGGGAAUUUUAAUUUAAGAAAAAAAACAUAUAUGCUUUUGUCUCUGUCAUCUAGCAGAAUGUAAAACUGUAAAUAAUCUGCAGCUUUCUUAAUUGUUUAUAAUCAUCUAAAAAUGAGCAAUGUAUUUAUUGACAUAAUCUUUUAUGUCUACAGGAGAUUACUAUAUUAUUGUACAAUGUUUUUAUAUGCUCCAAAGAGUGCUUUAAAGUCUUUUAAUUAUUGUUUUCAUCGUCAUAAUUGUAAUAAAG